CUCUUGGUGUUUUGCUGAAUGCUCUUCCUUCUUUCUGUAGAAUGUGACUCUUCUUUUCUGGGAAGCAUAGCAUCUCCUGAGGAGUCUCGCUGUGUGGACAGGCUGGUAUAUGUGGUGAAUGAGGUCUAUCUCCAGUGGUGGCUGUGGUGGCCUUGGAUUGGCUAAAGAUCAUCACCUUCAACAGGUCUGCAUUCAGGAACCAUCAUCCUCUCCCAGUCUGGCUAUACUUCUGCCCUGUUUGUAUCAGUGAUAAAGCGUGUUUAGAAAAGGGAUUUUGUGACUGCUGAACUCAAAAUCGACUCUAUCUUUUCAUUUUCUUAUCAAGUUUACCCUUGAUCCAGUGAAAGACUAUUAAGACAUCGACCUAGGACACGUGGAGAACCAAGGCCAAGACUGAACAGGGCUAUAUAAUUGGGUUUAACCAUGACUAGGUCUAAGGGUAAGAAUAGAGCCCAGGUCAAAACUGAGAAAAGGGCUGGUGUACAGGCUAAAACUGGAGCAGAGUGGGAGGCUACUGCCGUAGUCAGACCUACACCUAAGACCCAAGCCAAAGGAAAAGCCAAGGCAGGGUCUAAGACAGAUGCAGUGGCAGAGAUGAAGACAAUGUCUAAGAACAGAGCAGUUGCUGAGACAAAGGAAGGAGCACUAUCAGGAUCUAAGGCUGUGGUCAAAGCCAGGAAAGAUAUUGGUCGCAAGUCUCAGAAUGAGGCCACUAGCUCCACACGUAAAAAUGAGGCUAGUACUGAGGCCUGCCUGUGUGCUGGGGAAGAAACCACUGCUAAUCCCUGUUUCUGGAAUGGAGGAGAGGCUGGUAAUCGUUUCAGUGCUAAGGGUGAAGGUAAACCUGAUACUGGUGCUCAGGUCUGUGCAGAGGAACUGGAACCUGCAGCUGGGGUCAGCUACAAGUCUAAGUCAGGGGCUGAGGAAGAGGAAGAAGAAAAUGUUAUCGGCAACUGGUUUUGGGAAGGAGAUGAUACCAGUUUUGACCCUAAUCCUAAACCUGUGAGUAGGAUUGUUAAGCCCCAGCCUGUGUAUGAAAUUAAUGAAAAAAACAGGCCCAAGGAUUGGUCUGAAGUAACUAUCUGGCCCAAAGCCCCUGCUGUAACUCCAGCUGUGUUAGGAUUUAGAUCCCAGGUCCCAUGUGAAACAAGUCCUUCAUAUAUUGUUCUGGGCUCAGUUGAGGAAAAUACCCAUUCUUUGCCUGUGACAGAAGCCUGCUCUUCUGGGAGCACUCUCUCAUGCUCACAGCCUAUCUCUGAGUACCCAUUUGGUUCUGACACUUGUGUCCAGACCAUACAGGAGAUUAGACGCCAAAUCAGGAUCAGAGAGAUGAAUGGGAUUAAACCAUUUGCUUGCCCUUGUAAAAUGGAAUGCUGCAUGGGUUCUGAGGAAUUUGAAAAACUUGUUAGCUUACUUGAGUCGACUAGUGACCCGCUCAUUCAUAAAAUAGCACAGAUUGCAAUGGGUAUCCAUAAUGUUCAUCCAUUUGCUCAAGAAUUCAUUAAUGAAGUGGGUGUAGUGACACUUAUUGAAAGCUUGCUCAGUUUUCCUUCUACCGAAAUGAGAAAAAAGACUGUAAUUACUCUGAAUCCUCCUUCUGAGAAUGAAAGACAACGUAAGGUUGAAUUACAUGUUAAGCAUAUGUGUAAAGAAACCAUUUCUUUUCCCUUAAACUCACCUGGACAGCAGUCUGGAUUAAAGAUACUAGGGCAACUGACUACUGAAUCUGUCCAUCACUAUAUUGUUGCCAGUUACUUUUCAGAGCUUUUCAAUUUGCUGUCCCAGGGAAAUUGUAAAACCAGAAAUCUUGUUUUGAAAGUACUUUUGAAUAUGUCUGAAAAUCCAACUGCAGCCAGAGAUAUGAUCGAUAUGAAGGCAUUGGCAGCGUUAAAACUCAUCUUUAACCAGAAAGAGGCAAAAGCCAAUCUUGUUAGUGCUGUGGCCAUAUUUAUUAACAUAAAGGAGCAUAUCAGAAAAGGCUCAAUUGUUGUUGUUGAUCACUUGAGUUAUAAUACACUCAUGGGCAUUUUCCGUGAAGUUAAAGGGAUUAUUGAAGCAAUGUGAAGUAAGCCAGAAAUAAAAGAGUGCAUUUUGAACAAUCUCCAUACUCUUAACAGGAUGUAUAUUCCCUGAGAGUCUUACAUAAUAUUUUGGUUAUUAUAGUGUGCACAUUAUACAUUGCAUCUUUAACGUGAUGUUACCUGUGACAGGCUUUAGGUUUAAGCUACGCUACUUUGGAGUUAUCAGAUGAAUAUUAUAUCUUGAAAUGUAAACAUCUGUUGACUUUUCAGUUGUCUAAAUUGGAAGAUUUUUAGCAUUUUUCUUAGUAAGAUUGUGAACCAGUUCAUCAUAAGUAACUACGUUGUUCAUUAGUAUAUGCUUAGACCCAUUUAUGGUUUUAAAUGGUAAGAAAAGAAGAUAUCCUUAAUUUCUAAUCUAGUUAAAGAAAUGAGUCAUAUAUAAAGAUAAGUAACAGUAAUUAGAAUGUGUGUUGCAUACACAGUAUGUAAAGGAGGCAAGGGUCACCAUAGGCUGUUUAAUUUCCAUAUUUUAGCUGCAUCAGACCCUCAGUCUAUAACACAGAUAUUUUGUGCUGAUCCUGUUAGCUAGGCUGUCAUAUUUGUAUUAGGACUCAUUAUUCUGGUUAUCCUCAAUGAAAGUUAGGUUAAAUACCAUUUCCUAGGUUCCCUUAGCAGGUGGGUGUCAUAGCUCUUUUGUAUAAUAGCAGAACUCAUCUUACUUUACUACCUUAUCGUCCUCCUCCACUUUUUUAGUUGGUGGACUUGAACUUCAAAACUCACAGAUUGUUUGGUAAUUGCUUAAUUUUGCAGUGGAUGAUGUCACUGUCAGGUGUUGUAGUUCUUAACUUCCUUCAUAUACACAUGUCCAUUAAGCAUUUGGCUAUACCUGAAUGGAGGUCAGGAGAAAAGUCUGAAAUGAAUGUAUGACACUUAACUGGCAUUGUUCUGGGAAACUAUGUAUUCAAAAUUGUUGAAUGAAUAAAGUAAAUUUGGAAUCAUUA